ACGGACGACGGCAUUGCGAAAUUGCAUCCUGAACUGUUUGAUCUGAGUUGUGCCGAUUUGUUAGGUGUGCUAGCUACUUUUGAAUUUUAUGCUCUAGUUCAAUUAAUUAUCAUAAAGUAUCACCAUGUCGGUGGCGUUCGCACCUCACAGGCAGCGUGGGAAAGGCGAUAUAACACCCGCUGGAAUACAAAAGCUACUUGACGAAAACAACCAGCUGAUCCAGUGCAUAAUGGACUUUCAGAGUAAAGGCAAAACAGCAGAAUGUUCACAGUAUCAACAGAUGCUCCACAGAAAUUUAGUGUACCUGGCCACGAUAGCAGACUCCAAUCAGAACAUGCAGUCUCUGCUCCCAGCACCACCCACUCAAAACAUGCCUAUGGGCCCUGGUGGGAUGAGUCAAAGUGGACCUCCCUCUCAGCCUCCUCACGGUCACAACAUGCCCUCUGAAGGUAUGGUCAGCGGCGGCCCUCCAGCUCCACACAUGCCGAACCAGAUGAAUGGGCAGAUGCCUGGGCCUAAUCACAUGCCCAUGCAAGGUCCUGGUCCAGGCCCCAACCAGCCCCCCAACAUGCCCAGUGGUUCUAUCAAUAUGCCCCCCAGCAGUCAUGGCUCAAUGGGUGGCUACAAUCACACCGUCCCUUCCUCCCAGGGCAUGCCAGCUCAGAGCCAAAUGAACAUGACCCAGGGCCAGCCCAUGGGGAAUUAUGGGCCACGGCCAAAUAUGAACAUGCAGCCCAAUCAAGGUCCUAUAAUGCACCAGCAGGCUCCUGCCCAGCAGUAUAACAUGCCUCCUGGUGGUGGUGGCCAGCACUACCAAGGACAGCAGAACCCAAUGGGCAUGAUGGGACAGGUCAACCAAGGGAACCAUGUCAUGGGCCAGAGACCAAUGCCACCAUACAGACCCCCACAGCAAGGACCCCCUCAGCAGUACCCAGGGCAGGAAGACUACUAUGGGGACCAGUACAGUCACGCAGGACAGGGAGCCUCAGAAGGUAAUGCUCAGUAUGGCCAGCAGCAAGAAGCCUACCAGCAAGGCCCUCCUCAGCAGCAGGGCUACCCUCCUCAGCAGCAGUACCCUGGUCAGCAGGGCUACCCACCACAGCAGCAGGGUUAUGAGCCAGAGCUGAUGUCAGUAAUGAGCCAGCAGAGAGGCAGAGGCUGUGAGGUCCAUCCCAAAGUGCCCCAGGACAGUACCCCAAUUAUCCCCAGGGGCAGGGACAACAAUAUGGAGCCUAUCGCCCACCUCAGCCUGGUCCCCCACAGGGCCAACAGCAGCGCCCUUACGGUUACGACCAGGGGCACAUGAAGAAAUAAAGACCCAGGGAUUUGAACCCCUGACUAGUUCUAUAAGAAGCAAAGGUAAUGGUUGCUGUGAAGACCUCAACGUCCAAUCCAGACGUUUGACCACCUAGCCUUAAUUUGCAUUUCUUUCUCUUUUUGUUAUCUUUCUCCCAUCUUUCCCUGUUUCUUUCUUAUUGUUUUAUUCCUCUCCUCUUUACUCUUUUUUUUUUUUUGUUAUUGUUAAUCAGGGGUCGAAUUGUACUGUAAGUCAAGAGGUCCAGAAACACAGCGUGCUUAGUUUGCAGUGAGACAGCCAAAGGCUUACGUGCUUUGGCUGUGUCCUUAAUCUGUUCUUUUGUAACUCUGAUCUUGACUACUAGUAGUAGAUAUGAUAAAACCUUAAGCUCUAUAUUUUGAAUUAAAAUGUUAUGCAUUUCUCCGUUAAGUCAUGAAAAUUCUAACCUAAAUUCAUUAUUUUUGCAUUUUAAUACUAACCCCAUACUUCGACCCCUGUUUAGAAAUGCAUCAAAUGCUACUGUUUUCACACUGACUUUAUCCCAGUUAAAACUAGUGUCCACUGUUUUAACAAAGAAAUAAAAUUGUCCUCAGCCAUGUUGCUGCUGAAACCUAAGGUGUGUAGUUAGACCUCAGGUCUCACAGGUUGUGAGCCCAUGCUGCCACCUGCUGGUCAAUACCGGCGAAUGCAGUCACAAAUCACUGUUUGCAGUACCAUAUGGUUGAAACCACAGACGUUUGUUUGCACCCUAUACAGAUUUGAAUAAAAGCUUUUACUAUGUAAAUGAGAAGGUCAGUAACAUGAGUGUGUCACAUUUCUCUCCACAGGGCCAAUAUGGAAAUUACCAGCAAUGAGAGAUGGUCACAGCAACCCACACAGCUCUGCUCUGAUCGCUGUCUGAGCUUUGACCUCGUCUGCUAAGCAGACUUUAAUGACGGUUGCAGCUCACUGAAGUUCUCUCAGACACGAACAUGCAACACUCAAAAAAAUACAAGAUACAUUUUCCCUUCUCGUUGGGUCUUUUCCUCUAUUCUGUUUGUCAUUUACCUUGACUUUAUAAUGUCAAAGUACAUGAUUUGCGCUCUCUGGUCCAGUAUGUCUCAAAGCAGCAAUGCCUUAAAAAACUGCCUUAUUCUUUAGCAUUGCAGAUUGUCAAACAGGCUAACAAAAUUUUGGAUAUCAGCGACAACUUCAAUUUAUAGUUUCUAACUACUGCGGUGCAUUGUUUCAGCAUCCUUCAGCUCCCUGUUCAUAAGAAGCAAUAAUGCCAGCAGUAGGGACAUGUGUGGGGACUCAACGAUGGAAAUAAUGCACCAGACAAACUUCCUGCUAGGCCAUGGUACAUGUAUUGAUGUAUGUGAUAAUGUAAAAAAAUAUUUUAUGCUUUUUAGAUCCAGCUAACUUUGUAUAAGACAUUGGAGACUAGUACAGUUGUAUUGUUUAUUGUGUGUGUCAGUGUUUUUUAAGAUCUUUAAUGGUGAUCCCAUCCAGCACAUUUUUUUAUGUUGAACUGUUUAAUUGGAUCCACUGCUUCAGUGACAUUGAUACUGUAUGGAUUUCUGUGUUUGCAUAAAGAUGAUAAAUCAAUUGACAUACACGGUAAUUCCAAAUAUGAGCAGCAUACCUGGAAUAAUGUCAGUAUAGUUUGUGGUAAGCUGUGUUUUUAGGUCAGUGACAAAACAUAACCGUGAAUAUUUUUUUCAACCAUUAUACAGAACAAAGUCAGGACCAUUACACUUUGACAUAUGUGCUCAAAGGGACAGAUGCCACUGCAAAUGUUAAGUAGAUGCUCUGUGCGGCCUAUAGAAGCACCUCAGUCUUGUCCAUUGACUGCAAAUUAGUGGAAAAGAAACGGGAACCUUUGUUUAUUAUGUCUGAGCAGUAUUCUGUUCUAUUAGUCAUGACUCGUGCUGGAAUCCCCCUCUCCCCUUUUUGAAUAAACGUCUCAGUUGAUGUCAUUCAAAUAGUGUGGUGUGUCUGUGAAUAAUGAAGAUUGUUACUGUCAAAUAUGUAACAUAAGAUGUGAAAAUACUGUCCUGAAACGGAUUCCUUAAUUUCACAGUAGAGACUGGUUGUGCAGUUUUCUAUCACUGGCUUGAUAUCUGUUUUAUGGUGCAUACUUUAUUGAUCCCAUAUGUAAAGACGAGGAGCACAGUCCUCUGGUAUUGUUUAUAUGGCUGUUUUAAUAUUUUGCAUUCUGCACCUCAUCCAAGUGGUGGUCACAUGUCAUGGUCCUGUAUAACUGUACAAUAUAAUAAAUUGGAAGAAUCUUUAAUAUA